GUUCAAUCUUGUCCGAAACGGCUCAAAGAAGUUUGUAGAAGUUUGUAGACUUUUUUAUUUAUUCUAUUCACUUGCGACGGAGAAGAAGAUUCUGGGUUUGGUCUUUUCCCUCAGAAUAAAUUCAAUUUACACAUUUUUCUACAUUUAAAGUUAAAAACAUCGAAAUAAUGACUUUAGGGGAUUUAUUGAGUAAACCUGCUGUUCAAAUUGCGGCCGCUGUCAUUUUGCCGAAUGCUGGUGGAUGGGUCAACGGAGUGAUUACAAAGAAGAACAUCAAAAGUUGGUAUGAGGGACUCAAACAUCCGAGUUUUCGUCCACCAAAUUGGCUAUUUGGACCUGUUUGGACUGCACUCUAUUCAGGAAUGGGAUAUGCUUCAUAUGUCGUUUGGAAACAAGGCGGUGGUUUCGGCGGUCAAGCUAAGUUUCCUUUGAUGUUAUAUGGAGCUCAACUAGCCCUCAAUUGGGCAUGGUCUCCAAUCUUUUUCCAUUAUCACGAAUUGAAAUGGAGCACUGUUGAAAUUGGAGCAUUAACAGCAACAGCCGCCGCAACUGGAAUUGCUUUCUAUAACAUCGAAAAAGUCGCCGGUUUAAUUUUUGUGCCUUACUUAGCAUGGCUCUCAUUUGCUUCUUUAUUGAACUACUCGAUUUAUCGUCUCAAUACUCCAGCGAUUGAGGAUAAGAAACCGGAAGAAAAAAAGAAAUAAGCAUUUGAUUAUAAGAAGGAGGAUCGAACAAUUAUAAUUCCAUUUCUUCAUAAAGAUAUCUCAAAAACAGAAAAGUCUCAUAAUGUCAUGUAACUCGAGAUAUUUUAAUAAAAAAAAUUCUACCUCAGAACAAAUAAAAGAUUAUUGAUAUUGAUGACAUAAUGUUACGUAACACCUGUCAACAACUAAUGUCUCAUAAGUUUUUCUUUGUCGUGUUUAUUGCCGAAAAAAGAUUAAAAUGAAGAUC